GCUUGGUUUUUGCGGUAUCCUUUGCUGAUUGUAUCGGUGAAAAAUAGUUCAGAUUAUGGCUGAUGUACAAAAUAAUGGAUCCGAAAAAGAGCUGGACGUGGAUAAACCAGCUCCAACUCUCUCUGGUCCCAUAGUAGGCAUUAUUUACCCACCCCCGGAAGUGCGAAAUAUCGUCGAUAAGACGGCAAGCUUCGUGGCCCGCAAUGGUCCAGAGUUCGAGAGCCGUAUCCGUCAGAACGAGCUCGGCAAUCCGAAGUUCAAUUUCCUCAGCCCUGGUGAUCCGUACCAUGCGUACUAUCAGCACAAGGUGCAAGAAAUCCGCGAGGGUCGCACGGAUGGCCCAGCCGCAUCCGCUGUGUCGGCGGGGUUGCAAAAGUUGCAGGUAACAACGGCGACACAACAGAAGCAACAGGAGCUGCUGAAAGCGGUCACCGAGCAGCAGUUCGUUCCUAAAGAUCCACCACCCGAGUUCGAAUUCAUUGCUGACCCACCCUCAAUUUCGGCCCUGGACUUGGAUAUUGUUAAGCUGACGGCGCAGUUUGUCGCCCGUAAUGGGCGACUAUUUUUGACCAACCUGAUGAAUCGCGAGCAGCGGAACUGCCAGUUUGACUUUCUUCGACCACAACAUUCACUGUUUCAGUACUUUACGAAGCUGCUCGAGCAGUACACCAAAAUUUUGGUGCCACCGAAGGAUCUGAUGAACAAGUUGAAGAUUGAAAGUACCUCCGGAAAGAGUAGCAUGAACGUGGUAUUGGAGCAAGUAAAGUAUCGGGCCAACUGGAUGAAGUACCAGGAGAUGCAGAGCCGGCGCGAGGAGGAAAAAGUGGAACGUGAGCGUAUUGCAUACGCGCAAAUCGACUGGCAUGAUUUCGUCGUGGUGGAGGUGGUAGACUACCAGCCAUACGAAUCGGGUAACUUCCCACCGCCGACCACUCCGGACGAGGUCGGGGCGCGAGUACUGAUGGAGGAACGUUUGAACGAGGAAGAUCAUGACAUCGAGAUGCAGAUCGAAUCGGACAACGACGAUAGUGGUGACGAGCGGGUCCGUGCUAACGACAACGAACAGGUGAAAUUGUCGCAGAUGGAAAAUUUGGUUGGCAAAGGAUCACAAAAGGACAACACGCAGGUGCAGGACAUGGACGAAUCGUCUAGUUCCGGCGAAGAGGAGGCCGAUCCUCGCCAGAAAUCCCUUGCGGCCCCUGUUGCACCGCCGAUGCACGAUAAGGUUAUUGUGAAGAAGUACGAUCCGAAGCAGGCACAAAAAGCUCAGAAACCGGUGGCGGCUGCGGUGGAUGACUAUCUCAUCUCGCCCAUCACCGGCGAGAAGAUUCCCGCGGCAAAGGUAGCGGAACAUAUGCGCAUCGGACUGCUUGACCCGCGCUGGGUCGAACAGCGCGACAAACACAUCGAUAAGCUGGCCCAAGAUAAUGUGUACGCACCGGGGACGGCCAUUGAGGCAAGUCUUAAGCAGUUGGCGGAACGGCGUACGGAUAUUUUCGGCGUUGGUGAUGAGGAGGCAGCGAUCGGUAAAAAACUGGGCGAAGAGGAGCCCCGGAAGGAUGAUCGGGUCACCUGGGAUGGACAUACGUCGAGUGUGGAAGCGGCCACGCGUGCAGCGCGCGCUAACAUUACGUUGGAAGCACAGAUUCAUCAGAUCCAUAAGGUAAAGGGGCUGAUACCGGACGAGGAAAAGGAGAAGAUUGGACCGAAGCCAAUUCCGGGAUCGGUGGCUGCACCUCCGAAGAAUUCGCAGCAGCAACAGCACCAACAGCAUCAGCAACAGCAACAACAACAUCAACAACAUCAGCAACACCAUCAGCAGCAGCAUCAGCAGCAUCAACAGCACCAGCAGCAUCAUCAUCAGCACCAACAACAGCAUCAACAACACGCAUCUCAGCAAUCACAGUCUUCGCAGCUUUUACAACAGCAACAGCAGCAGCAACAGCUUGCUCAGAUGCAGGCCCAAAAGGCAAUGCCACAACUUCAGCAACAUGCCGUCCCGCCGCCGGUUCCUCCGAUGAUGAUGAUGGCAAUGGGACCGCCGCCCUUUGCGGUGGGUGCUUAUGUCCCACCGUUGGCGCCCCACCAAGCACCACAGAUGACACCCGGUGCCGCCCCAGUAGUAGCCGAUCCCCAGCAAAUGUCUGGACACGACAUGCAAGGGCUCGACGAACCACCGAGCAAGAAAUCGCGUACGGAGGAUAACCUUAUCGAGGAGAGUGUGUUUAUGCAGCGACACGGUGCUAUUGGCCCGAUCACUAUUCAGGUGCAGUGUCCUAGUAUGACCGAAAAGAACGAUUGGAAACUUAGUGGACAGGUACUGUCUUUGACGGUCAACUUUUCCGACACUAUUAGCUCGGUGAAGGCGAAAGUGCAAACGGAGACUGGAAUGCCUCCGGCGAAGCAGAAGAUUUUUUAUGAUGGGAUGUUUUUCAAAGAUAACAACACCAUUGCCUAUUAUAAUCUUAUGAAUGGCGUCACUGUGGCUUUGCAGCUGAAGGAGCGUGGUGGAAGAAAGAAGUAAACUAAAUCAUUUUCCCUAGUGUGAAACAUUGUAUGUCCAGUUCAACAGAUAAUCUAAAUUUCAUUUGCAGAUAAAAUAGCAUUUAAAGUGUUUAGGAAUAAAAUGUCAUAUGCCAAGUCCCGUUUUGCAAGACUAUGUAUUAGACAGAUUAUACAAAAAUGCAUUUAGAAUGAUUAUCUCGCAUAUUCCAACACCUAUAUUCAAAAUAAUUGUAACUAUUUCUCACCACGUUUGGUUUGAUUACCUGCAAAAGGUUUAAUAAAUUCGAUAAACUGAUGCCGACU